ACAUUUACAUUAUAAAUAUAGAAGAAGAACAGAAGAACUACAGAUUUUGAAUUUUAAAAAUUGUGUACUUUUGCAAAAGAACAUUUAAAUAAAACAAUCAUAGCCAUCACAUUUUUAUUUAAAAUCUCGCGGACCCGCAGGCGGUGCAUGCUUGGCCAAGAACGUAAGCGAAAGUUGCGAUGAGAUAUCAUUUUACCACUAGAGGUCGCUAUAUCCUAAAUAACUGUUAAAUAUAAUAAAACUACUUAUCCCAGAAGCCUUAGCGCUACUGUGGCGGUUCCGUGUUGUUCGAACCCAGCCAGGAACAACUGUCAGAAUUUCCUAUGCUUCUUCCACGUCCAUCGUAGCAAUGACAGAUAGACGACCGUGCAGGGUUUGCAAUUUCUCCCGUCAAAAAUCUUACGGGCUGGUUGUUCCCUCUCUGGAUGAGCUGAAAGUGAAAGGGUGUGAGUUCCUUGGAUUCAGCCCCAGUGAACAGGUCACAAUAGUCCUGGAGGAUGAUGGGACAAUAGUAGAGGACCAGUCCUACUUUUUGUGUUUACCUCCAAACACAAAGUUCAUGCUUUUGCAUGAAAAAGACACAUGGUCUCCAGUUCGAAGAAUGGACGGUGGAACAGCCUGGAUGGCCAGGGAGUCAGUGAUUCUGGAGGAUGACACUGUGGAUGCUGCUGAUGCUGGUGAGACCUGGUUGGACUUAGCACAACAGCUGAAACAGGACCUGGCCAGCAUCAUCCUCAUGUCUGAGGCCAACCUGCAGACCUUGGUUGAUGCUCCAUGCUGUGAGCUAGCCACAACCCUGGGCUUUCAGCAGAAGAAAGCCGAGACCCUACAGAAGACACUACAGAGGGUGUUGGACCGAAAAGAGGAGGAGCGGCAGUCGAGGGAGUUACUCCAUCUCUAUCUGAAAGCUGUGGAGAAAGAGACCAGGCAGGAAGGACAGAGGCUUCCCAGUGUUGGAGCCGGAGAAAACGUGGACACACCAGAUGGCAUGGAAGUGGACUCGGCAUCAGGAUUCAUCUCCAGGACUCUGAUGGUGCUGAAGGGCAAAACAAGUCCAGAGACCAGGCUCUCCACGGAAGACCUACAGAUGGUGGUGACCAAAGGGGUAGAAGCCAUGCAGCAGGUCCUCGGCUGGAACAAGACGAGGACGUCUGAUCUGCUGAAGGCCUGUGAAACAGAGCUGAACAAACGUCUCCAGCAGGUUCAACUCGUGCAGUCCAUCAGAAACAGCACACAGCAGGACAGCAGUCAUCAGACCGGGAAGAAGAGUGUGGAGGGGGGCGAUGGAACUCCAGCCCAGGGCAGCGACUAGGCUGAGGCAUCACCUGAGCAGAGACUGAUAAGAGUUCACUCUCACUGCCUCGGGGUCAGUGGAAUGAGUUUUACUUGCAGUAUAUGUUUCUGAUAAUACUAAUACUGGAAUCUAUGAAUGCCAAUGAUGUUGAUGUUGGUUCCAAUUUGGGGGAAAGAAAUUCAGAUUUUGUCACAUUCAUCAAAUAUGUAACAGUAUUCUUCAGUGGCCCCAACGGCCCCUUGGGUUAAUAAUAAAUGUAGGUCACAAUUUAGCAUAUGGCAGAAGUGAUAUUAAGUAUAAAACUCAACAACACCAAUGCCUCUCUCAGACUGAACCUUGUAAACAACUCUAUCUGUUUUAGUUUGUUUAGGAAUUCUCUCUAAAACAUUGGUGCAAAUCUGUUACUGUCAAAACUGAAUUUCUUCAUUUUGUUGAUCAUCAUGUUUACAACCAAUUAUCAAGUACACUCCCAGGAAUUGUAGGGAGACAAAAAAUUUACUAUUUGGUGUGUGUCGGAAAUAUUUAAUCUGUUCUGUUAUAGAACUCAAUGUUUCUCACUCCGUAGAGGAGAAACAACGAGGUGUUCAGAACAGUUGGUCAACUGUCUUUGAUAUUGUUCUUGGUAGUUUGCACCAGUACGUUUUUUAUAGGGAAAAAAACACUAAUAUGUGCGAAACAUAUCGAUAAAUGAGCCAUAACCACUAUCACAUUCAACGUAUGAGGACGACAAUGUAAAAACAAUAUAAAUAAAAUAGCCAACCAUUAUUCUCUACUGUGCAAAAGUUUAGGCAGGUGUAUCCUGUAUGUAUUUAUGAGAACCUCACAGGGGUAUGGGUACCAAAGGCUGUACCUCACACCACCUGCUGGGCUGUUAAAAGUCACACACAUAUACAGUACAUUUAUUGCAUUUAAAUAUCUGCCCCUUAAUUUAUUAAUGAAAUACUCUAAAACAGCUGCAAACACGUGGUAUACAGUAGAUGUUUAUGCUUCCCUAUCCUUUUGCACAGUACUACAUGUAUAAGUUAUAGUAUAAUAUUGUCAUUAAAUGCAUGUGUUUGAUCUCUCCAGUUUUAGACAGACUCUAAAUGACUGUCAUUAUGGACGACAAUGACAAUCCUUUGCAUUUCAGAGGAUCAGUGUUUCUGGCUGAGAGCUCUUCAUGACAAUCACUCACAGGCUCGCAGGGAACUUAUACAUCAGUCCAGUCGCUCUCCAGUCCAACCUUAGGUGCAGGUCUGUGUGACUCAUAGGUCAGAAAUGAUAGCCUGCACCGUCUCAUCAUCUUGUCUGCUGAACAAUGAACACAGUGAUGAUGCAUUUAAAUUUGUCCAAAGAUUGUCUCUUUUGUGUUGCGGUUAGGUUUCUAUAAUAGUUAUCCCUACAUUCAUUUUACAGUUAUUCAUCAUCAUGUUCUUUUUCAUUGGAAACACAUAGGAACUGUUUUCGUUUAGUGUUACAAAUUAAUCAAAAGGUACAUUUUCUUUUUCAGAACGAAGCUAAAUAAAAAAGGUACAUUGUUUAUACAUACAGUAUGAUGAACAGUUUGGAAUAAAUAAAACCUAAAAAACCUCUUACGUUCUGUUGUCCCAUAUUUCUGUCGCCACAACAUAUAUAUAUAUACAUAUAUAUAUAUAUUUACUUUAAAGAAAAACACAAGUUGGCUCAAAUGAGAAGUUUCCUCAUGUGACUGACAGCUGAACGAUCCAAUAAGAGUACAAUGCUGUUGAUGAUGAUAAUGAUGGCCUCACUAUUGCAGUGAUUCAAACUCCCUGUGCCAUGAGAGGUCGUCAGGUGUGCUGGGGAAAUGAUCUAAACAGAUAGGAUCGAUUUUAAAUGUAAAAUAAUCCCUCAUUAUGGCAGAAGAUAUUAAAGAUAAUGUUUGGUCAGGCUUCACAAUUUGCUCUACUGUCAAUAAUGUAACAACUUAUGCCACACGAUUUCAAAUGUGUGCUUAGCUCCACCCACAGGCCAUGGAAAGGACAUACAAGCGUAAUGUUUUUGUAAAACAGCAAGAAUAAAUCACAAAAUACUAAAUACUGAGCCAGUAUUUAGUAUUUGAAAGUAAAAUGAACGUUGUGCUGUUGUUGUAAUCACUCUCAGGACAGACAUGCUCCUUUGCCCUCCGUGUGUGACACAAACGGGGCUAAUGCUAACCAGUCAAUGCUGAAGUCUCUAACAAGAGCUAAUAUAAUAGGCCUGAAGAGGCCUGUAAUGACUAGUUUGAUGAAAGAGCCAAGCUGUUAUUGCUGGGAGCCUGCAUAAUGUAUGAAGGUUAAAUAACUAGUGUUCGCUGCCUCUCAGGCAAGGCUGACACAUUGUGGAAUUUUUUAAACAGAAAUAAUUAACCAUUUUUUGCCAUGGGAUUAAAAAUGGCUGUCUGAAACAUGUCGUCUAUGGAUUA